GCUUCACUUUCAAUUCACGCAAUUUUAAGCUUUCGUUUUAGUUCACGCUCUUUUUUGAAAAACUUCAUACUACAGAUCGGAAAAACUCAAUUCUCUUCUACAAUAAUGUCUCCGGUGCCUGCUCUCAGUCCUGCUGAUGCCGAGAAGCUAGCUAAUCUCAAAUCUGCUGUUUCCAGCCUUACUCAAAUCAGUGAUAAUGAGAAAUCUGAAUUUCUUAACCUUGUCACUCGCUAUCUAAGUGGUGAGGCACAACAUGUCGAGUGGAGUAAGAUCCAGACGCCAACUGAUGACGUGGUGGUGCCUUACGACAAGUUAGCCCCUCUCUCUGAAGAUCCCGCGGAAACAAAGAAGCUCUUAGACAAACUUGUUGUCCUGAAGCUCAAUGGAGGCUUGGGAACAACAAUGGGGUGCACCGGUCCCAAAUCAGUUAUUGAAGUUCGUAAUGGUUUGACAUUCCUUGAUUUGAUUGUCAAACAAAUUGAGGCUCUCAAUACCAAGUAUGGAUGCACUGUUCCCCUGCUUUUGAUGAAUUCAUUCAACACCCAUGAUGAUACAGCAAAGAUUGUAGAAAAAUAUUCAAACUCAAACAUUGAGAUUCACACAUUCAAUCAGAGUCAGUAUCCUCGUAUGGUUAUUGAGGACUUUGCUCCACUUCCUUGCAAAGGCAAUGCUGGCAAAGAUGGAUGGAACCCCCCAGGUCAUGGUGAUGUUUUUCCUUCUUUGAUGAAUAGUGGCAAGCUUGAUGCACUUUUAUCGAAGGGAAAGGAAUAUGUCUUUGUUGCCAACUCAGAUAACUUGGGCGCUGUGGUUGAUUUGAAAAUCCUAAAUCAUUUGAUCCAGAACAAGAACGAGUACUGCAUGGAGGUGACACCAAAAACAUUAGCUGAUGUUAAAGGUGGCACCUUAAUCUCUUACGACGGAAAAGUACAGCUUUUGGAAAUAGCUCAAGUUCCUGAUCAACAUGUCAAUGAGUUUAAGUCAAUAGAGAAGUUCAAGAUUUUUAACACCAACAACUUGUGGGUGAAUUUAAAUGCUGUUAAAAGACUUGUAGAAGCAGAUGCACUCAAGAUGGAGAUAAUUCCAAACCCCAAGGAAGUAGACGGGAUUAAAGUUCUUCAACUUGAAACUGCUGCUGGUGCUGCAAUUAGGUUCUUUGAUCAGGCUAUUGGAGCUAAUGUUCCUCGAUCUCGUUUCCUUCCAGUGAAAGCAAGUUCAGAUUUACUUCUUGUCCAGUCUGAUCUUUACACCUUGACUGAUGAUGGCUAUGUCAUCCGCAAUCCAGCCAGGGCAAAUCCUUCUAACCCUUCUAUUGAGUUGGGACCUGAAUUCAAGAAGGUUGCCAGCUUCUUAAGUCGUUUUAAGUCGAUUCCCAGCAUUAUUGAGCUAGAUAGCUUGAAGGUCACUGGUGAUGUAUAUUUUGGAGCUGGCAUUACUCUGAAGGGGAAUGUGACUGUCAAUGCUAAAUCCGGAGUGAAGUUAGAAAUUCCAGAUGGAGCUGUGAUUGCAAAUAAGGAUGUCAAUGGUCCUGAGGACAUAUAGGAGAGUUGAGUUACUGGUGUUAAACAACAUAGGAUGUUCCAAAGAAGCAAGGAGUAAUUUUUGGUUGCAGUUCAUAGAGAAUUAUCACAUUAACGAAAAUAAAUGAACAAUUUUGUUUU